AUGUCCCUGGCCACAGAAAUCGCCGUGCUCAGCGAGCUGAUCGACGUGCUGAUCUCGCCGGAGCAGUUCAACAUAAAUGCCGAGGACUUGUUCGCUCACCUCAACUCGACCUCGCGACAGUCGGCCGGUUCCGACGUUACCAUCCGUACCAUCGAUUUCCACAGCUUUCUCGAGCUUGGAUACAAGCUCACAGACACAAACAUGACCGUCGAGAGGCUCAUCACUGUGCUGUCAUCCAACGUCUACAUCAACAACCUGGCCGAGUUUCAGACAAAAAGAACAGACGAGUAUCUGCCGGACCUGAGAUUUGUGAUCAAGAACACAUUCUUGCUGUUCAUCACGUUCUUCAAACGCCUCAGCCAGCCUAAUCCAUCGGUUGCAGGCCUCCUCAUGCUGCUGAACGUGUCCAUUGUCAACAAACUAAUGAAGAUUCUGAAAACUCUCAACCCUGAUAUUCGGCUCAAGAGCGAAGGACUAUUGCUCAAACUAAUGCGGUAUCAACGUUGA